AUGGCUCAGAUUCAAGUUCAGCACCAGCAGCAGCCUCCUGCGAACGGCCCGAACGUUGUGUCGGCGAACGUCGGCGGUGGCGCCCCUCAGUUUGUUUCGACGUCGCUGUACGUUGGGGAUCUUGACCAAAAUGUAACCGACUCGCAGCUGUACGAUCUGUUCAACCAGGUCGGUCAGGUCGUGUCGGUGAGGGUCUGCAGGGACUUGAGCACUCGCCGAUCUCUGGGCUAUGGUUACGUCAACUAUAGCGCUCCUCAGGAUGUUGCGAGGGCACUGGAAGUUCUGAACUUCACUCCACUAAAGCCCAUGAACAAAGCCAAAAGAUCACCAUCUCUUCCACCAUCAAGAUUUCGCACAAAAUCUGUGGAUGAUAAGCAUAAGAAUCAAAAUGGUGAUGUCUUUGUACUUGAAAAUGUCCCUGAUGCAAUUGGGCAAGUGAAUUGUUAUGACAGAGUUGUAGAUAUGUUUAAGCCGAGGGAUUUGUUUGACGUAUUGGAGGAUAAUGAUGCAAUUGAUGAUUAUGUCAUACCUAAUUUGGAUGAUCAGGUACUUGACAAUGAAAAUUUGCAUACAAGGGUUGGCAUGGAAGAGACUCAUUUUCAUGAAGCAUUACCAUUGCCUACCGAGUUCAUUAAUUAUGUUAAUGACAACAAUGAGCUAAUAGAUGAUGAUGUGAAAUAG